AUGCCGGCUGCCGGUCCCAAUCAAACGUCUGAAUAUGUUAACACAAUGUAUCCAAUGUUCCAAGACGUUCAUGUAAUGAUCUUCAUCGGUUUUGGUUUUCUAAUGACCUUCCUUAGACGUUAUGGCUAUUCGGCUGUAUCAAUAAAUAUGCUUCUAUCAUGUUUUGUUAUUCAAUGGGGUAUUAUUGUUCGUGGAUUUUGGUCAGAACAUUUUGCGGAACAUGGCAAAUUUGUGAUCAAUGUUAACAGUUUACUAACAGCAGACUUUGCUGCAGCAGUUAUUUUGAUCACAAUGGGAGCAAUGUUGGGUAAAUUAAGUCCAUCGCAAUACGUCAUCCUGUCACUUAUUGAAACACCAGUUGCUUUAACUACAGAACAUAUUGUAAUCGAAUAUUUUAAGGCUAAUGACGUUGGUGGUUCAAUGAUUGUUCAUGCAUUUGGUGCAUAUUUUGGUCUUGCAUGUUCAGCAGCAUUUAAUAAAAAAGAAAUG